AUGGUUGUUAAGAAUCUGCAGUUCACCCAAAAAGACGAUGGGAAUCUUGGCUAUUCAACUCUUAAAAUGGCUAAUCCACCAAUGAGGAAUAUUAUGAAAUUCUACUUUUUUAACAUAACAAAUCCAGACGAAAUGGUGUACGAAGGUGCUCAACCACGUCUUUGUGAAACUAAAGCUUAUGCAGUAAUUCAAUCAGAGCAGAAAAGGAACAUGACGUUUAGCAAGGAUGGCGAACAAGUGUACUAUGAGAAUUAUAAAAAGUACAUAAUCGAUGAGGAGCACACAUGUCCAGAGUGUUCAUGGGAUGAUAUUGUAACCUUUCCAAAUCCAACUGGAAUAGGUGCUGCUGCAAACAUAUACGAUCCACGCUUCAAUAUCACCCCUAUAGCACAAAAGAUUUUGGGAUUUGGAUUGUUGCUCGUUGGAGAGUAUCCCUUCGUGUAGGU